AAAACUGACGACAGGCAUAGGUAGGAUGGAAGUUUUCAAGGGAUUUAUGAGGCCUGUAUACAUGCACCAUUUGAUACAAUCUGCAAUAAGUCUGUAAUAGAUAGGAGAGGACACUAGGGGAGUAACGAGUACAUGACUGUCAGCUGCAUUGGUGUUCCGUGUCAUUACUGAGCGCAGUCUGUACGUGAAUAUAAUGUGCCGUACAAAGGUCACAUUAAUUUUAUUGGCAUUGUUGCUACUGAACUGUCAAGAAAUUUCUGGAAGGAGGGGACGUGCAAGAAGCAGAAGUAAAUCAAGAGUGCAAAUAGGAUUGCCAAUUACCGGGAAAUACAGAGAUCCUGAGAGUGAUCAGUACUAUAAUAACAAUAACGGGGCUAAAAUUGUAUUGGCAUCGCAUUUUGAUUUGGAAUACGUUUUGGGCCACAAAAUUGCAUUUCUCUGUGUGGCUCGAGGUAGUCCACGGCCGCACAUUACAUGGUUUAAAGAUGGUGCAGAAAUCUACACGCAUCAUUACCUCCACAUUCACGAGUGGCAAGUUGAUGCAGACAGAGUGAAGUCUAAAUUGGAAAUUGAUCCAGCUACGCAAAUGGAUGCUGGUGUAUAUGAGUGCACGGCCGAUAACAUGUAUAGCAUUGAUAGGAGGUCUUUCAAGACCGAUUUCUCCAUUGCAUUCGAUUAAAUUAGGGCACAGAGCGAAGAAACAUUAAUAAUGAAAAUCCGUCUAACUGAUCUAUUUAAUUUUCAGUCCCAACAACGGUAUGUUAGAUACUUUAAGUUCUUGUAACCAAUUUAAAAUUUGUAAGAAUUAUGAACCGAAUGCAAUGAAAUAUAAAGAAGCAGCAGGUUUCCUUUGAUUUACCUCGUUGCAAUACAAUCAAUUUUGAAUGUAUCCGGAUGAAUCAAUUAUAGCCUUAAAAACAG